AUGCCUAUUACAAAAGACUUUCUAAUUUGUUUUUGUUUAAGUAAUUCCCGCAAGAUAGUUUGUACUGAGGUGGGGAUGGUCAGCAGACGGGAUUUUGAACUCGUACAUAUUAGAAACGCUUGCCAUGAGGACGCCGAUAUGUUAGGGUUUUUUGUAACUUUUUUGGUCAAGGACAAGCAUAACUAUAAUAUAUACGAAGUUGUAACUAGCUUGCUGCUAGUAAUACGUCUCUGUGAGAUUCGAACUCACACUCUUCCAACCAAGACAGUAAUAAGCGAAAAACAAUAUAUGGUGUCAAGUACAAAGUUGUAUGGAGAACGAGUAACAUUGUUUCCAGCACAGAGUGAUGACUUAAAGGCGUUCAGUCAAAAACUCAUUGAACAAGCACAUCUUCGCGAAAACAGGAUCAGAACACCGAUCACGAGAGAGUGGAGGCUUGAAUAA